AGUUACCGGACGCCAAAGAUCUACACAAUAUGUCACUGGUUGGCAGUUACGGAACACAUCUGCUGCAUAGUUUUCACCCGCACUUGCUACAAACACUCAAUCAUGGAAUGCUCGCCAAUGGCGGACCAGCGAGUUAUUUCGCCAACGAACGUGGUCUCGGAAAACCGUCGGUGCUAUCAAAUUUUCAACUACCUUCAGCAUUUUCUCCGCCCAAAUAUAUAGGCAUAUCAUUAGAUCAGAAUCUUUUCAAUGGAAAUGAAUCUUUUCGUACUGAUUCAGCGAGUCCCACUUGCACUUCACAUGAAUCGAUGGAAGGAUCAAACGAUUAUGAUGGUGAAAAGGGUGAAAGUCCGCGCAGCAAUAAUUCAGAUCCAAGGGAUUUAAGGCAUGUCCACAACAAAGCAACGGCUUCAUCCGCAAUAACGUCAUCAGUGGCAGCAGCAGCCGCUGCUUUAGCAGUUGCCUCAACGACAUCCACUUCGGUAACUGCCUCACAUUUAACGCAUGCCCAUCACCAUCCCCACCAUCAUCAUCUCUCAAAUGGCGGUUUACUAGCUGCAAGCAUGAAUAGCCUCAGCAAUUGUGCUGGCUUACGUGGUGUUGGUAGCGGUCUGACCGCAGUUGGUAUCUCUGGUAAUGGUGCAGGUGUUGGUUUAAGUGGUGCUACACAUAUUCCUGAUAUUUGUCCUGUCUGUGGUAUAAAGCUCACAGCCGAAGAUUGGAAUUCACACUUCCUAACUGAACUUGACCGACUGUACAAAUUGAGCUCUGGUAUGGAACGUACGAAUUUACAAGCUACUUACAUGUUCGCACCUCCUUGUCCGGCGCAAGAAAAUGCCAUUAGAACAAGCCAUAAUCGUUGGGAGACAUUCCAACGAAUUCGAAAUAACCGACAAAAUCGUUUACGUAUUAAAGUUCGUAAACGAAAGUUUGGCAAUGAACUUUAUUUCAUGGAAAAUCUAUUCUGCAACUCCUGUCCAAUUUGUAAACGGAAAUAUGCAAUGGAAACGGGAAAGAUGCCGCCUGAGGAAGAGAUUGAAACGGUUGAUGUUGAAAGUUGUAACGAUGAUGUGCCUGAUUCAGGUUCCGAAAUACAAGCAGCUCAUACACAAAUACCAGCAAGUGGGAGUAGUCACGGGCACAGCAUACAUCAUGGUAGUAGCAGUAGCUCGAGCAGUAGUAGUAGUACUGGUAGUGUCAGUGUAAGCAGUAAUAUGCAUAAUAGUAACAAUCAACCCGGAAAAUUAGAUGGAAUACUCUAUAGAACAGCCUGUGUGAUAAAUAAAGAUAUCAGUAGUGAAGACGAUAUAACCACAAAUGUGGCAGCGUCGAGUAGUAGCAGCAGUAGUAUGGGUGGUAAUAGUAGUAGUAGUGUAAAUGGAAUGAAUGGUAAUAAUUGGAAUGAGCCACAUAUACCACAUGGACAUAUCAGUGUUAAAAAUGUAAGUGAAUUAUCAUCAACAACACAUCAUUUUUACAAUGCUGACUCUUGUGGUGAUGAACGCGCCAGCAAUUGUAACACAAAGGAUGUCAUUAUGGAGAAUUGUAAUAAUGACAGUGAUGAGGACGUCAUUGUGGAUGAUGACGACUCAAUUAAAAUGACGAAUUUAUCCAAAAAACGAAAAUAUGAGGAAACCCUAGUUAGUAGUAGAACUUCAGAAAAUCGUUCACCAAUUGAGGAACGACCACGCUCAGAACCACAAGUGACUAGUAGCGAACAAAGUAUGGAGAUUACAAAUAAUAAUACGAAGUACACAACAUUCGAGGAGUUGCGAGCUAAACAACAACAACAAAUGGAAGCUGACAACGGUCAUAGUAACGUUUUGAUGCCGGGAAUAACGCAAUUGGACACAAAGGUGGGGAUAAGUUCGGAAAAUAAACCGGACGAAGAAAACAAAUGUUUCAUUUGUAAGACAGGUAUAAAGGACUUUAAUUCCGAUGCCUUCUUUCGGGGACGAAAUUUAUAUUUUCACCAAAGUUGUGCCAAUGUUAUGAGUACCUACCGUUUGAGUAAGGACUUGCAACAACAACAAAGUCUGCUUCAGCAACAACAACAGGAAUCACGAAAAUCACCUUCGAAUGUAACGAGUGCAAACAAUUAAGGACAUUCAACAAUAUCUCCAGUAAAAUCUGUUAAAAGCCAAAUUUAAAGCUUAAAGAAAUGAACUUCUUUUUAUUGACAACUUUUAGUAGACUUUUCUGGACCCUGUGAAGUAUUAAGAAUUUAUUAACUUCUACAACAUAA